AUGCUCAUGCUCUCCGAGAAGGGCGACAACUCUGCUGUCGACAUGCUCGUUGGGGACAUUUACGGGCAAGACGCCAACAUCUUUGGACUGAAGUCAUCCACUAUCGCUUCCACUUUCGGCAAAGUGUUCAAGAAGGGAUCGAAUGCGGACCGGAAGAAGAGGUUCAAGCCGGAGGAUAUUGCAAAGAGCUUAUUGUAUGCCAUCAGUAACAACAUUGGGCAUGUUGCGUACAUGAACGCUGCCAAAUAUGGGCUCGACAAGGUCUUCUUUGGCGGAUGCUUCAUUCGAGGCCACGCUGCUACGAUUUCCACACUUUCCUAUGCUAUUCGAUUCUGGAGCAAGGGCACCAUGACGGCUUGCUUCUUGCGGCACGAGGGCUUCCUCGGCGCGAUAGGGGCAUGGAUAAAGAACGUUGGUGAGACGGACGAACGUGGCAGCCCGGUAUCCCGCGUGAGAGAAAGGAGCAAUUCUACGGAUGGGCUGGAUGAGAAGACCAAUGGGACCGCACUGGGGGCCAAAGGAGAGGAACAGCAGGUCUAG